GAUGGUGAUUUCUUGAAUUUAUAAGAAGUAUUUAUUUCUCAUCAUUGAAAAUUUUAUGUUAAGAAAGUCUAUUUUUACUGUCCUAUGAAUCAUGCAAAACCAGAGCUUUGUCACAGAAUUCAUACUCCUGGGACUUUCACAGAACCUGAAAGUGGAAAAAAUACUAUUUGUUUUAUUUUUGCUGAUCUAUCUUGCAACUAUUGGGGGCAACAUGAUAAUUGUGUUGACCAUCAUCUACAGCCCUGCACUGCUGGGUUCCCCCAUGUACUUCUUCUUAGCAUUCCUGUCCUUCCUGGAUGCGUGUACUUCUUCUACUGUCACACCCAAGAUAAUUAUAGAUUGCUUCUAUGAGAGGAAGACCAUCUCUUUUGAAUGUUGUAUGACACAACUGUUUACAGUCCACUUCUUCACUGGGGCAGAAGUGAUUGUCCUGGCAUCCAUGGCCUAUGACCGCUAUGUGGCCAUUUGCAAACCUCUUCACUACUCUUCCAUCAUGACCCAGAGGCUCUGUGGAAUUUUAGUUGUGGUGUCCUGGGCAGGAGGCUUCUUGCAUUCUAUCAUACAAAUCAUCUUCACUUUGCAGCUGCCUUUAUGUGGCCCCAAUGUCAUUGAUCAUUACAUGUGUGACUUGUUCCCAUUACUGAAGCUUGCCUGCACUGACACACACAUUUAUGUCCUUCUGAUAUUUGCCAACAGUGGGGCUAUAUGCAUUAUAAUCUUCUCCUUAUUGCUUGUCUCUUAUGGCAUCAUCUUGUUUUCUCUGAGAGCCCACAGUUCUGAAGGGCGACGUAAAGCUCUCUCCACCUGCGGAUCCCACAUUACUGUUGUGCUUUUGUUUUUCGUCCCAUGCAUAUUAAUAUAUGCAAGACCCACAUCUGCAUUCUCCUUUGAGAAGAACAUGCUUAUAUUUGUCAAUGUCCUGACACCACUGCUCAAUCCUAUGGUUUACACUUUCAGGAAUAAGGAAAUGAUAAAUGCAAUCAGGAAAAUAUGGAAAAGAUUUUAGACAAGAUUCCUUAUAAACAUCACCUGCCAAUGAAAAAGCAUAUGGCCAAUGAACUGAGGCAGGAAAUAGAAACUGGAACACUGGCA